UCCAAGUUAUCUCCAGGGCUUUGGAGAAACAAGGUACUCUUCCUCAGUCUGGGUUCCUCAGAUCCGCAGUGGAAAGGGAGCUGCCACAUUUCUCCCAGCACAAAGUUGGGAGUGACACCAGAGCCUCCUGCAAGAUGCUUCUGAUUCUGCUGUCAGUGGCCCUGCUGGCCUUCAGCUCAGCUCAGGACUUAAGUGAAGAUGUCAGCCAGGAAGACGUUCCCUUCGUAGUAUCAGAUGGAGGACACUCUGAGCAGUUCCUAGAUGAGGAGCGUCAGGGACCACCUUUGGGAGGACAGCAAUCUCAACCCUCUGCUGGUGAUGGAAACCAGGAUGAUGGCCCUCAGCAGGGACCACCCCAACAAGGGGGCCAGCACCAACAAGGUCCACCACCUCCUCAGGGAAAGCCACAAGGACCACCCCAACACAGAGGCCAUCCCCAUCCUCCUCACGGAAGGCCACAAGGACCACCCCCACAGGGAGGCCAUCAGCACCAUCAUCCCCCACCUCCUCAUGGAAAACCCCAGGGACCACCGCCCCAAGGGGGCCGCCCACAAGGACCUCCACAGGGGCAGCCUCCCCAGUAAUCCAGGAUUCAAUAACAGGAAGUGAAUAAGAAGAUAACAGUGUUUCAAAUGCCAUGAAACAUGGCCGUCAUGCUCUAACUUCAGUAUACCAAUAAAACAAUCAGCUUGCAA